CGGCUCGUUUCCUCACUCAGUAUCACAAUUACACACAUCUACUUUUGCAAAUCCGCAAAAACGCUAAGAGAAAAAACAAAUGGCCGGUCUAGUGAAAUUGGCAUGCUUGGUCUUGGCCUGCAUGAUUGUGGCAGGUCCCAUCACAUCAAAGGCGGCUUUGAGCUGUGGCACCGUUAACACCAACGUGGCGGCAUGCAUUGGCUACUUGACCCAAGGUGGACCCCUUCCCAGAGCGUGCUGCACCGGUGUUAGUAAGCUUAACAGUAUUGCCCGUACAACUCCCGACCGUCAGCAAGCUUGUCGUUGCCUUAAAACUGCUGCGAGCGCCUUAGGCUCUGGUCUCAACGCUGGCCGGGCAGCUGGACUUCCUAAGGCAUGUGGAGUCAAUGUUCCUUUCCCCAUUAGCACUAGCAUCAACUGCAACGGCGUGAAAUAAGCAGCGUUCGGAUGAAGCUUGAGUGGAUAAUUCCCAUGCUAUGAAAUGGAUGAGAAUAUAUAUUUAAUAAGAUGUUCGAAUGGAUGUUUUCUAUUUUCCUGUCUUUUCUUUUUAUUAUGCCGACCCUAUUAACUGGUCGUUUGUAUUGUGUUCUCAAACAAACGUAAUAUGAAUUUCAAGAUUUUUAAUUUACGUUC